UAUAGACAGGAUUACAUGUCAAAGGACACAAAAAUAAAAGGUCUCCCAGUCAAAGGUCAAAGGAAAGUCCAAAAAUCGAAUCGGAAAAACAAGGAAAUGGCUGCUGCAGAUCAACAGCAAAAACAUGACCGAAUGUUCACUCUUAAAAAGUGGAAUAUAGUGGCAAUGUGGAGUUGGGACGUGGAAUGUGAUACAUGUGCAAUUUGUCGAGUACAAGUAAUGGGUGAGGAAUUAAAAAUGCACUGGUACAGUACUCUAGUUAAACAUAAUCAUGUUUAUUUUUUUUCUGUAGUUGUUUGGGGCGAAUGUAAUCAUUCUUUUCACAACUGCUGUAUGUCACUCUGGGUGAAGCAGAAUAACCGAUGUCCUCUAUGCCAACAAGAAUGGACGGUUCAACGAAUAGGAAAAUAGCGCUACCAGUUAGCAGACAGGGACAAAUUAGCCUCAUCUGCAAGAAUGAUUUGUUAAACGAAUAGGAAAAUAGCGCCCUCAGUUUGUAGACAAGAACAAAUUAGCCUCAUCUGCAAGGAUUUUAUGCAAAAUUGGAACUACCAUCUUUUGGAACAUUCACACCUUUUAUGGGGCUAAAUUUUUGUUUGUGAACCAACACCAACACAUGUCACCCCUGUGACCCCCCAUUAAUAUGAUUGACACAUUUUUUUUGUCACAAAGCUAAUAUAUAGAUUCUACUGUAUACUAACGUCUCAGUAGCGCUAAUAAUGUACACAGACGUUGCCAAGAAAAAGUAUCACUUUUUCUAAUGUCUUUCUCUUUGGGUGACAUAUAGAGGCCACACUGUAGUGGGCCCGUGGUGGAAAAACAUUUAACACAAGGUGUGCAUUUACUGUAGUAAGUGAUCAUCAUAGGUGGUUGGUCAGCAGUUAACUGCAUGAAGGUUAAUAAUAUGAAGAACAAGUAUGGCAGAAAAGGUGCUGGAAAUGUCAGGAUUAUGAAAAACAUUUUUUUAAAUUAAAAGUGCACAGUUUUUCAAGCUUUAUAUAUUAUGUAAUGUAAUUUUAUAUGUUAACCAUGCAUUUAGGAGAUGGGGGAGAGGGAUUAGUUUUGUUUCCAAUGAUUUGUAGUAUCCAUUUAUACAGCAUUGAUUAUAUUGGGUUUUUUUUUAGUCAUCUAAAAAAGUUGCAAAAUAAUACAGUUUGCCCUCUAAUUUGAGCCCCCCUUUGUAACCUGAAAAUUUGGGGUGGUCUUGAUGUUCGAAUUUCUUGUCAGAGUAGGCCAAUUUCCUCUAAAAAUUGCACAUUUUAGGGAUUUUGGAUCAAUUCCGACGAAAUUAGAAUUAAGAACACCGGGGGACAAGGUGCACUUUAAUUGAAUCAUAUUUAAAAUAUACUGCC